UCUGUCAGAGGCGAUGACAGCCACAGUGUGAAGCAGCCGGCUAUUUGACAUAAAUGAUUCCCUCGAAAGCAGAGUUCUGCGGUGGUUGCCAAUAGGAAUUAUUAUUAUUAAUAAUAUUAUUGGAUUAACGACCAUCAGUCGCCAGCCGAAGCUUUAUCCUGAGAGGCCGGAGAUUUGUGUCGCUGGGCAGGGAGGAGUCUGUUAUUUCAGCGUUAGCUGAAGCCAGGCCAGCAUGUCGGCGCUUUAACAAUACAUCCAUCUCAAAUACAGAGCUGCGGAGAGGAUCCUAAUGUGCUCUUAGAGGAUGGAUGUGGAGGUGAGUGCUGGCAGGGACAGCACCUGGAGGAGAGCAACGGCAGAUGAUGGUGAUGGUGGUGGUGGUGGAGGAGGAGGGGGCAUGGAGGCUCAGGUUGUACCACUGGAGCUGUACGACUCUGCGAGAGCCAAAAUAGACGCAAAUCUCCGCUGGUUGUUUGCCAAAGCCUAUGGUAUAGAUCACAUUCCUGCAGACCUGCGGGACCCCUUUUAUACAGACCAGUAUGAGCAGGAACACAUCAAGCCCCCCAUCAUCCGCAUGCUGCAGUCUGGAGAGCUCUACUGUCGUGUGUGUGGGCUUAUCCUUCACGCUGAGGAGGCCGCCUCGCUUCAAAGCCACCAGUCUGUCAUCCAGGCUCUGUCCAGGAAAGGCAUCUAUGUCCUGGAGACCGACAACACCCCAGUGUCUGACCUGGAUCUCAGCACAUCUCCCAUCAAAAUGAGCUCCCACAUCCACCUCAUUGAUGCCCUAAUGAUGGCCUAUACAGUGGAGAUGAUCAGCAUAGAGAAGGUGGUGUCCAGUGUCAGGCGCUUUUCAACAUUCAGUGCCUCAAAGGAGCUUCCUUAUGACCUGGAAGACGCGAUGGUGUUUUGGAUCAACAAGGUGAACAUAAAGUUGAGAGAGAUCGCAGAAAAAGAGUGCAAAAUGAAGCAACAACUGCUGGAGUCACCCAGUCAUCAGAAGGUGCGUUACCGCAGAGAUCACCUGUCAGGUCGGACACUCCAGCACUUUCCCUUGUUGGACGACCUGUUGAAAGAUGUGUGUGAUGGCACAGCUCUGCUGGCUGUAAUCCACUUUUAUUGCCCAGAACUCAUUAGACUGGAAGAUAUCUGUCUGAAGGAGGUUCUCUCUAUCGGCGAAAGUGUUUACAAUAUCCAACUACUGAAGGAGUUUUCAGAUGAGUAUUUGAACAGAUGCUUCUAUCUGAAGCCUGAAGACCUGCUGUAUUCCCCACUGGUACUAAAGAAUAAUGUGAUGGUCUUCAUUGCCGAGCUGUUCUGGUGGUUUGAGAGUGUGAAGCCAGACUUUGUACAGCCCCGGGACUUUCAGGAAAUCAGAGAUUUGAGACUGCUGCUGCAGCCUAAAAGUUCUCGAUCCUAUGUACCCAUCUCCAACAUCACUAAACGCAGUUUCCUGACAUCAUCACACUCAGCUGAUGCCCUGGCCACGCCCACAAGCCCUGACCUCAGCAUUAAUCCAAGCUCUACAAGCCCAUCUCACUCUCUACUGCCGCUGAGACAGAGACAACAGAAAGUGGUUGAGGAGGCCACGUCAGACAUAAGACAUAGGUCCAACUCUCUGAUAUGUCCAGAUGGGCAACAUCAGGGCUUCAAAGUGGCCUGGCCAGAGAGAAGGAUGAGGCCCUUAUCCCAGCCUGUACCCUAUGCCCUGCAUUUUGCCCCAGAGGAUGAUGCAGACAGUAUCAGCCUCGCUCGCUCCAUUAGCAAAGACAGCUUAGCCUCUAAUAUAAUGAGCAUUACUCCUAAACACAUGCUGGGUGCGGGUCUGCCUCAGCAUAGACUUAGUGGUCAAAGCCUGCUUAGUCACAUGCGCAUAGAGGAUGAAGAGGAAGAAAUAGAAGAGGAGGAACUAGUUGCUGUUAUCCAUCCUUCUGCAUUUUCUCGACAUCAGAUUGGAAGUGACAUGGAGCAGGAUGAGUUGGAAGUACAGAGUGCAGCCCCCACCGCAGAAGUUUCUAAUACCCGCCCUCCUGGUCUUGCCGCGGACCCUUUUGCUAUGGACCGCAGAGGGGAGGGCUACUAUCUGGAGCCUUUGUUGCCCGCUGUCCCUAAGACAGCCAAAGAGAAAAGCAUCAGCCUCAACAAACAGGAGGAGAGUGGCGAGAGUUGCUGUAGAGGAGCAGGAACUGCAAGGAAUGCAACUGCCAGUGUCCCGUGGACCUCACAGAAGAAAUCCCCCAGUGUUGAGUCAAAGAGAAAAACCUUUACACCCACAUUUGUGGUGGAAUCAGUUCCUGGCUCUCUCAGGCAGCCGAUCAAGGAGUCAACAGUCAUCUCUCUGUCUGAAAAGAAACAGUCUGAAGGGUUUUUCCUUCAUUUGUCAGGAGACUCAGACCAACACAGUCCUUUCUCCACAGAGUGCAUGCCAGAGGCAGGGCACGACUCUGACUCUGACAUUGCAGACUUGGAGGAAGAUGAAGACGGAGAAGAUCAGAUGGAGUUGACAAAAGAGGUGGUGAAGGGAGGGAGGGGAAGGUGCUCAGAAGAGGGUGACAUGGCUGAAUUUGUAGAGGGUGAGUCAGCCAAACUGAGAGAAGACAUGAAGGUGAGUGAGCGGGAGGAUAAGGAAGAUUGCAGUGGACGCUCUAGCCCUUGCCCCAGUACCAUAUCUUGGGCGAGCAGCUGUAGUGCUUCAGGCAGCGCCAGUGUCAAGAUGACCAGCUUCGCAGAGAGAAAGCUCCUUAAACUUGGUCUCCGUGACGGAUACUCAAGUACCAGCAGCUCCCAAAAGACAACACCAGAUGGCUCUGACAUCGCCCCCUACCCUCCCUGGCAACUGAGGAAUGAUUCCACCUCAGGUGUGCUGGGGAAGGAACCGAGCACUGUGAUGGGGAAGAAUAUGACAGUUAGCUCUCCAGUUGUGCCUUCAGAGCUGCUGCAACUUCACAUGCAGCUAGAAGAGCAGAGACGUGCGAUAGAGUAUCAGAAGAAAAAGAUGGAGACGCUAUCAGCGAGGCAGAGAUUAAAGCUUGGGAAAGCUGCAUUCUUGAACAUUGUUAAAAAGGGUGGAGGGCGGAGUGACACACUCCCUUUACCCCUGAAACACUCCAAGGAAUCCUCAGAACUAACUUCUCACAGGAAUAAAGCAAAGACCCAGACCUGUAGAGAUGAUUCUUGUCUUGAUGCUUUAAAGGUUCAGGCAAAGGGAGGUCAAACAGAGGAAGGACAGGUGAACACAGACAACAGAUUAAAUACUCUAUCCCAGGAUAACGGGGCUGAACCUGAUAUAAAUGAUUGUUCCCGCUCCAUAGAUCUACUCAAUGAAGCUAUUAGUUCUAUUCAGCAGCAGAUUAUGCAGCUCUCAUUACAGCAAAAUCUGCUGAUGAAGCACAGUGUGGUCUCUCCUCCAGACUCUCUGCCAUCAGACCCAAUCACAACCCCUGACACAAAGCAAACAACAUCCUCUACCUCAGACUCCAGAUCUUAUGCAGUUCACUUUGUGGAUAUCAGCGGCGGCGAUUCUGUCAGAACUCGCCGCCCUCCCAAGCUUAGCUCCAGCCAACGCAGCAAAGCCUCAGAGCAGAAACAGAGUAAAGAAAACAGCAAGAGUGCCACGGUCAAAAAAUCAAACAUCCAUCUCCCAGAAUUCACUGAAGGAGAGGAGAUGGAGAGCAGCAGUGAGAGCUCUAGGACUGAGAGAAGCCUUCAGAGAAACACCACCUUCAGAGUCCAUGAUAGUACAGGAGAAGGAACGGGGCGCUUCACAGACAAACUCAAAUCACAAGAACCACCAGUUAUUUCCAGUGUGACUGAGUGUUCGUCACAGGAUGAAGAACAAGAGGAGAACAAAGCCGUCAAGUCAGGGAAAGAGAUUGCCAGUGGGGAGGAGAGUGCAAGGGUCAAGGGCCAGCUGAUUGAGGUUGACUUGUCAGAGCUUAAGGAUCCAUUGGAGGAUGGCAACAUAGACGUUACAGACUGCAUGGCAGAAGGCGAGCAGAAAAAUGUGCUGGGCUUCUUCUUUAAGGAUGAUGAAAAGGCGGAGGACGAAAUGGCGAAACGUCGUGCUGCCUUCCUCCUCAAACAGCAGCGCAAAGCUGAAGAGGCAAGACUUCGCAAACUGCAGCAAGAAGCUGAGAGUGAACUCAAGCGUGAUGAGGCCCGGCGAAAAGCUGAAGAGGAUCGCAUUCGGAAGGAGGAAGAAAAGGCACGGAGAGAGCUAAUUAAACAGGAAUACCUACGGAGGAAGCAACAAGCCCUGAUGGAAGAGCAGGGUCUUGUCAAACCCCGCCCACGUACCAAAUCCCGCAGGAACAGGCCUAAAUCCCUGCACCGUGAAGAGUCCAGCAGCCUCUCCAAAGGAUCCACUACACCCGAUCUGAGCUGCAGUCAUCGAGGAUCGACGCUCUCUUUGGCGACUGAUGCAGACAGUGUCAUCUCUGGAGGGGCAGAGUCAAACAGGGCUGGAUCUGUGUGCUCUAUGGAGUCAUUCCCCCUGAGCAGGGCCUCAAGCAGGAACAUGGAGCGGGACUGGGAGAACGGCUCUAUAGCCUCUUCCAUCACUUCAAAUGAGUACACUGGUCCUAAACUCUUCAAGGAACCAAGCUCCAAAUCCAACAAGCCAAUCAUCAUCAAUGCCAUCGCCCACUGCUGCCUGGCUGGAAAGGUUAAUGAGGUCCAGAAGAAUGUUGUCCUUGAGGAGCUAGAAAAGUGUGAGUCCAAUCACCUGAUCAUCCUCUUCCGUGACGGUGGGUGCCAGUUUCGUGCCAUUUACGCUUACUCUCCGGACACUGAGGAGAUCGUCAAGUUUUCAGGCACAGGGCCACGCACCAUCAACCGAAAGAUGAUCGACAAGCUCUAUAAGUACAGCUCAGACCGCAAGCAGUUCACUGUCAUCCCCGCCAAGACUGUGUCGGUCAGCGUGGACGCUCUGACCAUCCACAAUCACCUGUGGCAGGUCAAGAGACCAGGGAGUGCACGGAGAAAGUGAGAAAGCGGGACAUUUUUAACCGUUUCUGGUCCAUCUGCUACUGUUGGGCGGGACCCAAUACACGUGGAGACGACUGAAAUGUCAUUAGAGGGUUUAAAUGUUCUCAUUAACGGAUUAUGUUGUAUUAGCUUUUUAUUCUGCAUGUGACACUGCAGGGUUUUCAUUUGUGGGGGUAUCCUACAUUAAUUAGGCACUCCUUCCUAUGUAGCACUGCAGAGGAAUCGAACCCCACCACUGAAUCUACUGGUACCAAGUGCAACUAUAGACACACAGGGAUGAACUUGACAGUGUUGUAAAGUUUGAUAUUUCAGCUUGGCAAAGAAGUACCCUACUGCUGUGAUUAAUCCAGGCUGCACAUACAGAGAAUACUUCUACUACUUGUAUAUGUUUUUAUGAAGAGGGAGCUUUGAACAGACUUUUUUUAUGUCCGUGUGGAAUGAAUGUUAGUAAGUGGUAGCCUUGUUUUGUAUUUAGCGUGUUUGGAGAAGUGUGUCUUUGUGUUAGGGGAGGGGAGAACAGAAUGCUUCUGCAUUUGGCCCUGAAUGUGUUUACUCCCUUGAUUAUGCUUUAAAACUUCUGACAAAAGAUCAGCUGUUUUCUUUUCUUUUCUUUUCUUUUCUUUUCUUUUCUUUUCUUUUCUUUUCUUUUCUUUUCUUUUCUUUUCUUUUCUUUUCUUUUCUUGUUUUCUUUUUAGUUUAGGACAUUUGUGCUGCUGUUAUGGUGGAAGACAAAUAAUGUUGUUUUUACAGUAAGGGAAAUUGUUCUGGUAUUUAUCCUACGCAGGAAGUUAUUUAAAGACUGCAUUAAACCACAUUUCUAGGACGUAUUAUUGAAAUACUUGCACAUAUGUAUUCCACCUCCAAUGUGAGCCAUCUGAGAUCACUGACGGGCUCAUAUUGCUGAACCAAAAUGACUGAACUAUGCCGCUGAGCUGUUUGCUGCUCAGUAACUGCUCACUGGAUCCUGGAUCCUGGUGGGAUGUGCAUUUUUAAUGCAGCUUCUGGCGCUCUACUGUAAUAAUUUCCUUGUAAUGACUGAUGUCAGCAGCUGGUACAAUGUUUCAGAAAACUGCACAAUACUUGAUAUUAGUUUGCUGCAUUUUGUACAUUUUUGAGCAGUAUUUUUUGUACAUUGCGUACAAGUUAUGUUUACUAAAAAGCAGGCACUAUUUCGAGGAUUAUUCUGUUACAGGCGUAAAGAGAUGAGUCUUGUUUGUGUUAUAUUGAAUGUUUAUUUAUUUUAAUGAAAUAUAAUAAAUGCAGCUAGGUAUGUUUUCUUGCUAAACUUGC